CCCUGAAUUCACCCCGACAAUCAAAAAUCUAUCAGUUUCUCAUCCGUGAAAAGAAACCCUAGUUCCGAACACCCUAUAAAAAUCUUCACUCAUUGGCUCUUCUCUUCAGUUUUCCGUUCAAUUCAACGGAAUUUUCCGAUGAGUUCGCCGUUCGCAAUAAUCAAUUAACGUUUUCCGUUCGAGAAAAAACUCUCCUUUAUCGGUCGUUCGGUCCGUCGGUCGAUCUGUCGGCGCUGAUUGACAUCGAUUCAAUUCAAUUCAAUCGAUCUGAAGAAUCCGACGUCGUUUAAUAAACCACAGAAUCAGCUCCUGCGGUUACCGGAACGAAGGCGUUUGGCGUGAAUUUGGUAGAUCCGAUUGAGAUCGGCGCAGUCGAAGGAGUAGCGGUAUCAGUGACUGUAAUUCUUUCAGUUAAUAAUCGAAGCGGUUCGAUAUUGCUGCGGAGUUGAAGCUUACGGAUUGGAUAUCUUCGACGAGGAGGAGGAGGAUGUUCAACUGAUUUGUUGAAGGAAUUUGGUUUGAUAAGUUUGUGAGAUAGAAAAAAAAAAGAGCUACUUUUAAUAUUUUUUGUACUUUAUAUAUCAAUUUUUCGUUGAGUUCAAUAUCAGGCCUAUUAAUAAUUUUUUGAUUGGCCUUUUUAUUGUUGUUCUUGUUAUUGAUUUGUUUGAGGAAAAAAAGGAAUUUUAUAAGGAAAAAAAGGAGUUAUGUCAGUUUAUUUUAAGUUUAAAAGUGCAAAAGAUUAUGAUUCAAUUCCAAUUGACGGUCACUUUAUUACUGUUGGGAACUUGAAAGAAAAAAUAUUUGAAUCCAAGCAUUUGGGCAGGGGUACAGAUUUUGACCUCGUUGUCACCAACGCCCAGACUAACGAAGAAUAUCUUGAUGAGGACACCUUGAUCCCCAAAAAUACUAGUGUGUUGAUUCGUCGAGUUCCUGGACGACCUCGCAUGCCCAUAGUAACUGCACCUGUAACAGAACCAGACGAGCCCCAGGUAGAAUACCAAUCCGAGGAGGCUCAAACAGUAAAAAGUGGUUUUUUGGGAGGGGAGUCAUCUGCCACCAAAUAUUCUGAAGAUCUUGAUUGGGAUGAAUUUGGAAAUGAUUUGUAUGCUAUUCCUGAAAAAACACCCAUCCAGUUAAACAACCAAGUGCACGAUGCUCCUCCUCCAAGCAAAGCUGAUGAGGAGAGUAAGAUCAAAGCUUUAAUUGACACCCCAUCCUUAGAUUGGCAGAGUCAACCCUCUGAUGGCUUUGGUGCUGGUAGAGGUUAUGGACGAGGUCCAGGUGGAAGAAUGAUGGGUGGACGUGGCGGGCGAGGCUUUGGUUGGGGUGGCGGGUUGGAACGGAAAACACCACCACCAGGUUAUGUAUGCCAUCGCUGUAAGGUGCCUGGGCAUUUUAUUCAGCACUGCCCAACAAAUGGCGACCCCAAUUUUGACAUUAGGAAAGUGAAACCCCCCACUGGCAUUCCGAAGUCCAUGCUAAUGGCAACCCCAGAUGGUUCAUAUGCUUUACCAAGUGGUGCCAAUGCAGUUUUAAAGCCCAAUGAGGCUGCUUUUGAAAGAGAAGUUGAGGGGAUGCCUUCUAUACGUUCCGUCGGUGAUCUUCCACCAGAGCUUCAUUGUCCCUUGUGUAAAGAAGUAAUGAAAGAUGCAGUUCUAACAAGCAAGUGCUGUUUUACGAGUUUCUGCGAUAAAUGCAUAAGGGAUUAUAUCAUCUCGAAAUCGGUGUGCGUUUGUGGGGCCACUAAUAUACUUGCUGAUGAUCUGUUACCCAACAAGACUUUGAGGGAUACAAUAAAUAGAAUACUGGAAUCAAAUAAUAGCAGUGCAGAGCAUGGGGGUAGUGCUCUUCAAGUUCAAGAUAUGGAGUCAGCACGCGUUCUCCCACCUAAGAUUCCAUCUCCUGCACAAUCUGCAGCUUCAAAGGGAGAGUUGUUACCACCACCACCACCACCCCCUCCUCAGAAGGAGGAAAAUUCUAAAGCCCUGGAGAAUGCGGAAGAGGGUAAGAAUGAAAGUGCUCCACAGCAAAUGUUGGAGAGGGGAAGAACUUUGAAGGUUGCAGAUGUUUCUGAAGCCACACACGAGUCGGAUGUUAAAGAACCUGCAUCCCAGGGAAGUGCUCCAUUGGCUGAGGAAGAAGUUCAGCAAAAACCUGUAGUUGGGGAGGCAGGAAAGAAAAAGAAGAAGAAGAAAGCUCGAUUGCCUUUGAACCCUGCUGCUGCGGAGAUGCAGUGGAGAGCUGCUCAAGAUCUUGCUGCUGAGAAUUAUAUGAUGUCCAUGGGUCCUGCUGCCUAUAAUCCUUAUUGGACUGGCAUGCAACCUGGACUAGAUGGGUUUGGAGCCCCUUAUCCUGGUGCCAUGCCAUACAAUCCUUAUGGGAUGGGUCCUCUAGAUGUUCCCUUUAUGCCUACGGUUGUACCACAUGAUCCAUUUGGUGGACAAGGUUUUAUGAUGCCCCCUUUUGGUCCUCCAAUGCAGAGGGACCUUGCAGCAGACUUUGGGAUGGGAUUUAAUGCUGGCCCACCAAUCAUGAGCAGAGAUGAAUUUGAGGCUAGAAAGGCUGAACUAAGAAGGAAGCGUGAGAUCGAGAGACGUGGGGAGAGCAGGGAGUUUCCUAAAGACAGGGAACAUGCAAGGGAAGUUGGGAGUGCUGCUGAUGGUCCUCCUUUGAAACCCAAAUCUAAAGCUGUUCCUCCGUCGUCGAGCUCCAGCCGUCCCCGCCAACCGGAGAGGCCAUCACCAGACCUUGACCACCACCGCCGACGUGAGAGGCCAUCACCAGACCUUGACCACCACCGCCGACCUGAGAGGCCAUCACCAGACCUUGACCACCACCGCCGACCUGAGAGGCCAUCGCCAGACCUUGACCACCGCCGUCGACCUGAGAGGCGAUCACCAGACCUUGACCACCACCGCCGACCUGAGAGGUCAUCACCGGACCUUGAGUACCACCGCCGACCUGAGAGGCUGUCCCCAGAUCGUCGAUCGCGUGACCCUGAACUUCCUCGCCCUUCUUCCAAGAGAAAGUAUGAAGAUUAUGAUGAUCAUCACCAUGAGGACCGUCAUCAGCGCGAGCAUGCCCAUCGCAGUAGCAGUAGCCAUCACCGUUCAGAAUCUUCAGCUAGCGCCAAACCAUCCUCCACAGGCCAAUCUGAACAACCAUUGGCAGUGCCAUCCAAGUCUCUGGAUAAGAAGAAGGCAAGUGUUUUUUCUCGCAUCAGUUUCCCAGCUGAAGAUUCAGCAGCAACUUCAAAGAAGCGAAAGCUUCCAUCCUCUAGUGAGGUGCCACUGAGUUCUUCGGUGAGCCACAGGAGUGCCACAUCAAAUGGAUAUCACGGAGACUACAAAACGGCUACUGGAUCAAGGAAGAGUGCCACUGCGAGUGUGGAUUAUGAGAGCAGUGAUGAUGAUCGGCACUUCAAAAGAAAGCCUUCAAGAUUGAGAUAGCAUGAGAAGGGAGAGACUGAAUGAGUAAGAAUCUUGCAUGGACAUAAAUACAGAUUCAGAAGGUGCAGGCAUCUUUGAAACACUGAAAUCUAGUUUCUUCUCUUCUUGAGUGAUACCAUCUCUUGACAAAGUUCUCAGUGCAAUGUUGUUAUUGAGUUUUAGUUCGAUACUUGCGAGAUGGGCAAUGUUAUGAGUUUUAGUUCGAUGCUUGCGAGAUGGGAAACGGGACAAAUUUGCACAGGAGGAUUGUUGUUCAAAACAUGGACGUUCUUGUCCUUUGUUGUAGAUUUUAUCCAAGAAUUGUAUCAUCUAGUGAUGCCAUAUAGUUAGUUGUCAACUGCAAACACCAAAAUUUAAAAAUAAAGAUCGCGGGUUCUCCGCUUUUAUUGCAAUUUUGGUAGAUGAUUGUGACUAUUAUUAUCUGGCAUUACAGUUCCCAUUUAUUUCAUUAGUUGUGUUUUA